UCCGUCUCUCUAAUCUAUACUGCGAAAUUCUAGGGUGGAAAUCCUAGAGUAGACUCAUUUUCUGGGAAUCGGAAUAAUAACAAGCAACCGAACUAGAUAAGCAGCUCAAAUCACAAGAACAGGUGUAGGAGCUCUUGAGUUGGUUUAUCUUUUCUUUGUCUAGUCGCUUCUGAGGCUGUGAACGAAGGCUUUGGCUUUCAACACAACAUCGAAUCCUAAACUCACUGUUUAUUUGUACUCCCUAGAGGAGGAGUAGCAGAGGUUAAUAUUCGAAGCGGAAGUUGUUCACUGUUCUGUUAGUUCUCGCUUUCCAUCUCUUAUCACUUGUGGGGUUUCUGAAUUUUGAAAGCAAUGGACGUUGAUGAUUCAAAAUUGGUAGGAGUGCCAAUGCAAAUGGACUCUGAGGAAUCGACAAGCAAAAAUUCAAAGGGCAAAGAGAAAGAGGUUCUCACAGAUUCAAUGGACAAACUAAACAUUAAGGAAUCUUCACCUCAGUUCAAGCGGAAACCAGUUAUUAUUAUAGUGGUUGGAAUGGCAGGAAGUGGAAAAACGACAUUCCUUCAUCGAUUGGUUUGCCAUACCCAAGCUUCAAACAUGCGCGGUUAUGUCAUUAACCUUGACCCAGCUGUCAUGACCCUUCCUUUUGGUGCCAACAUUGAUAUACGAGAUACCGUUCGAUACAAGGAAGUCAUGAAGCAGUACAAUCUGGGUCCUAAUGGGGGGAUACUGACAUCACUUAAUUUGUUUUCUACGAAGUUUGAUGAGGUCAUAUCAGUCAUUGAGAAGAGAGCAGACCAGCUUGAUUAUGUUCUUGUGGACACUCCAGGGCAGAUUGAGAUAUUUACAUGGUCAGCUUCAGGAGCAAUAAUUACUGAAGCAUUUGCUUCAACUUUCCCUACAGUAAUUACAUAUGUGGUUGAUACACCUCGUUCAGGAAGCCCUGUUACUUUCAUGAGCAAUAUGCUCUAUGCAUGUAGCAUUCUCUACAAGACACGAUUGCCUCUAGUUUUGGCCUUCAACAAGACUGAUGUGGCUCAACAUCAGUUUGCUUUGGAGUGGAUGGAAGAUUUUGAGGUGUUUCAUGCUGCCUUGGAAUCAGAUAAUUCGUACACAUCAACCCUGACAAGAAGUCUUGCACUUGUCCUCGAUGAGUUCUAUAAGAAUCUCCGGUCUGUUGGGGUUUCUGCGGUUUCUGGUGCUGGAAUGGGGGCCUUGUUCAAUGCUAUUGAAGCUAGUGCUAAUGAGUAUAUGGAUACCUACAAGGCGGAUCUUGAUAAGAGACGGGCAGAGAAGCAACGCUUGGAGGAGGAGCGCCGGCAAGAGAACAUGGAAAAGCUGAGGAAGGACAUGGAGAAAUCCCGUGGUGAAACUGUGGUUUUAAGCACUGGUUUGAAGGACAAGGCCAUGAUGGAGGAAGAUGAAGAGGAUGGGGCAGAAGAUGAAGAUGAUUAUGAGAAGUUUAUGGAGGAGGAAGAUGAUGAUGAUGACGGAACAGAUGAGGGUGAAGAUGAAGUUUCUAGGUUCUCUUUUUAAUUGUCAGUUUGUGUAAAAUGAACCGAGUAGUGACCUGGCUGAGUUAGAAUUGACUGCAUUCAUAGUAUGUGAUUAAAGGUAAUUUUGUUUGUCUUUUUUUUUGUGAAUAUCCAGUUUUGUUUUGGGAAACAUGGCAUGUUUCUUCCGAUUAAUGGCUGUGAGGCAUACUUUUGAGCAA